AGUAUCCUCCUAAUCAGAUUUUAAAGACGCCAAUGCCGUUUUCUAUGAUUUGUUCAUGAACAUCGUGAAAGAAAAUGUUCUCAACAUUGAACAGUCUCGGACGUGUUCAUAUCGGGAUCCACGAUCUCGAGAAAAAUGACAUGGUGCUCAAAGAAGUCUGCAGUGCUGAGUCUUCACUUCAAAGUUCAAUUCUGUGAUAGGAUGUAAUACUAAGAUUACACUCGAGAACUCAAGAUGCCAGCACGUAUGGAGACAGAGAGUCUCCUUGAAUUGUCAUUAAAUGCAGUUUGUACAAAUAUAGAACAAUUGAUUGUGAUUGGUAAUAGUGUAGUAGAUGCUUCAUAUGAUAUAUUAACAGGAACCAAAGAAAAAUUUCUUCACAUGUUAAGAGAGUUCCCACAGUAUCUUCUAAGAAAUGCAAAGGAAUUGAUUGACCUGGGAGAUGCUUUUGACGAACGGGGACAUUUUCAGGGUAUCGUAACAGAUUAUAUUAAGACUAUUCCCCCUGUAUUUCUUAAUGAAAUAUUCAAUAGAUUGCUCAGCAAUUUAACUUUAAUUCAGGUUAAUGAAUUUGAGAUAGAGGAGUUUCUUAAUGACAGAUGGUCAUGGAUAAAGAGAAUCAGGUAUCGUUUUCACUUAAUUCUUAAAAGUAUUUUAAGCUCAAAAGUGUCUGUAAUGAAUAUAAGUCCCAUUUCAAAUUAUUUAUAUAGAGCCAUAGUUGAAUAUCUUAUUGAUAAGGUAUUAAUGGAUAGUGAGAUUCUAGAAAUGGUAGAGGAAAAGAGUAAGAGUGUUUUCCUUCCUGCAAUAAUAGAGUGUGAGCCUUUUCUUGGUAGUCUAACAACACUGAGCCUUCAGAAUAUGGCUUAUGGACCAUUGAUACGGCUGAUCAGCUCAAAUUGUUCAAAUCUGUGGCAUUUGGAUAUCAGUGGAGAUCUCUUUGAUCUACAGCGUUAUUUUUUAACUAAAACUAAUGAUGAAGAUUGCAGAGGUGCAGACAAAUGUGGGAGAAAACUCUAUGAAAAAGCAGAUUUUCUGAACUCUCUCUGUUCUCUUUAUGGAGGUGAUGAUCGGUAUCAUGAUGUAUAUGGAAGGGGUGCCGGCUGUUAUGUGCUUAAAUCCCUGAAGUUGCCAAAUGUUAAGUGGGAAAGAGAAGAAGAAAUACAGUUACUUUGUGAAUCCUUGAAACUCUUGCAACAAUUACCAGAGCUCGAAGAAUUUGAGGGAGUUGACUUACUUCAUACCAUGAGUAAGCUAAAUCAGUUACCUUACCCACCAGUCAUGCUGAAAUUAAAGAAGUUCUCUAACAAGCCAGGGACUACUUUGUUUAAAGUGAAGCCAAGGCAGCUGAAGACAGUGCAUUUACCACUAGUAACAGAAGUAGAAUUUAUGAUCAGCCCAUCUGUACCACUGGCAACUCUUAAAAUAUUUCCUAACAUGAGGCAUCUCUCUCUCACUUCUUACAUUUAUGAUAGUUCCUCCUUUAAGGACAUUACAAAAUAUCUAACAAACCUAGAAUCCUUAAACUUGGAAGUAAUGCAUGAGUUGUCGGUUGAAAAUGUCUGUGAGCUUGCAGAGUAUUGCCCUCAUUUAGAAUCAUUAAAAUUAACUUGUCCUGCUUUAAAAACUGAAUUGCAAGAAUUUGGUGUAGAGACUGAAGAAGAUAAGAUUGAAGAAGAUUCCCAUUCACCAAGAGUCAAAAUUGAUCAAUUGCAAGGAGAUGCAUAUGAAUGCCAUGAACCAUUUGGUACUCUAAACAUUUUUCCCAAAUAUUAUAAUAAUCUUAGAAGCAUCAUAGAUUCUUUAGAAUAUAAUGAUUCAUUUGUACCAAAGCUAUCAAAUUUAGAUGCUCUUCGAUUGUAUGGCAUGCAGUCAGUUGAUGCUGCAGCAUUAUCAAAGUGUGUGCAAGGAUGCCCUAAUCUCAGAACCUUAGAAAUUGGUAUGAAAGAAAAGGAUCCUAAUUGUAACAUAAAGAUUGAUGAUAGUUUUAUAGGGCAAGUAAUGUGUAGAUUAAAGAAUCUAGAAAACUUUAAUCUCUUUGCAGAUUCAGCUUUUGGGCAAACCUUUGUAUUUAAAGGUAUAACUGUAAUGUCAGUUGGGUACAUUUUAAACUUCUGCAGAAAUAUAUGUUCCAUAGGCACAAUAGGAAAUUGGAAUGUAACUGCUGAGGAAGUGAAAUCUUUAAAUUAUUUUUUCAAGAAAAAUAAUUUUGUCCUAAGACUAGAAUAAAUUUCACACUUAUGUUUUAUACCAAGACUUUGUAUGUUUUCAUAUAAUGAGGGUGGUACCUUUUAUUUUUAUAUAUAUAUAUUUUUUACAUUUAUAUAGGAAGUUUGUGUUUCUACACAGUAGAAUCAAGAAAGUGGUCAUAGAUGUAUGUGUGUGUGGGUGAGUGGGUGUAAGUGUUGGUGUCAUGUCAAAUGUGACAAAUAGAGUUUAUUAGUGAUGAUAUAUGCUAUGGCCUCGGCCUUGAGCUUGCUAGGCUGCAGGUUAAUGAAUGCCAGUUUGUUUGCAACUCAUUAAUUGGUCUUAUGUAUGACUCAUUUAUUGCCGCACGCACGCAAGCACACACGCACGCACUCUCUCACACACACACACACACUCUCACACACACACACACACACACACACACACACACACACACACACACACACACACACACACACACACACACACACACACACACACACACACAGAAACAUUGUCAAUUAUUAACCCAAUGCUGCCAGGGAAAAGGAAUAAAAAUAUGGGGAAAAUGCUAUUUUUUUAUAUUUUUUGUGAAAGGCCUCUAGAUGGCUCUGCUAGUGAUUAGGAGUCAGUUAGUAGACCUUGUGACCUUGCCUGUUUUUUUAAACACAAUAAUUACUAUAAUGUAAAUCAAAGAAAAGGGUAAACGGGUGAGACAGGCAGUACUCAUAAAUGGCUCAUUGGUGACUUGGUACAAGUGUUGCCGUCUAUGUCUAAAAACAAUUAAACAAGUAAAAUCACAGUGGGCAUGGCAUACACGUACACAUCAUUCCCAUCGGCAUUGGGUUAAUAAAAUUUGCAUUUCUAUGGGCUGUGACUAUGAUAUAGGGCAUUUUGUAACUUGAAAUUGUAAUUUAUACUUUCUUUCUGUGAAUACUGAUUCAUUGUUAUAUACUUCAUUUAAUAAAGCUAAAUUCAAAAAGCGCUGAA